UCUCUAUUCUGUUCUGUCAAUUUUUCAAAACUGUCUAAACUUUCAAUUUUACUUCUUGAUUAACAUUUAUUCUUCAACUAAUAAUAAUUAUAGAACAUCAUGUCUUCAUCAUCAGCUCAAGCUCCAGGUGGUUUAAGAAGUGUCGCCAAAAGAAAGGCAACUGCUGACAAGAAAGCUCAAUCAUCAAGUGCUACUCCAUUAUCAACCAGAUCAGCUGGUGCUGGUGGUUCCAGUUCAACCAUGAUGAAAUUAUUCACUGAUGAAGCUCAAGGUUUAAGAGUUGAUCCUUUAGUUGUGUUAUUCUUAGCUGUUGGUUUUAUAUUUUCAGUUAUUAUCUUACAUGUAUUUGCUAAAAUUACUGGUAAAUUUACUUAAAUUCAAUAUCAUGAAAUAAUAAAUUAAUGUUCUACCCUCCCAUAUACUUUAAAAUUAUUCAAGUUCUUCAUUCAAAAUGAAGUUUGCUCAUAAUUGUGUACAUUUAAAAUCAUCAGUAAACAUCUCAUCGACUUUCAUGCCUUUUUGAUUGAUCAGGGAUCAUCACAAUCGCCAUUGAAGUUUAACCUCCGUCCCACCAACCCUCCAUUCGAUAAUUACUACUACUGCCUUUACUUUUUUUUUUGUUUCAUUAAUCCAUCAUGUAUAUUUAUUUACCUUUAUACUCAUUCUUUUAUUUUAUAUACAAUUUUAGUUUUACAAAGUAGUUUUCUUAAUCUAAAUAUAUAAAAUCCCCACUAGGAGUAGCUUUUAUUUAUU